AUGAAUAAUUAUGAAAUUUUUGUUCCUUUGGAUUCCCAGUUCAUUCUAUAUCCCUCAUAUACCUGGCAAGAGGAUAGUCUAUACCACGUCAACAUAAGGGGUUGGUUGUUUUACUGUCCACAAACUAUGUCAAAGAAAAACAAAAUAGUCUUUACUGUUGCCAAACAACUAAUCAGAUCCAACGCAACUGAUUAUGCUAAUCUUGAUUUAAUUAACCAAAACGAAUCAAAUCGCUCUCCAUAUAUUUCAAAUUCAAAUUCAAAUAGUCAAUCAUCUACAAGCUUACCCCCAAGAAAAAAGGCAAAUCCCGAAGAUGUAUUAAAAGAGAGAUUGAAAUAUUUUAUGGCAAAGUCUUUACCACAGGUCAAUAUUACUAUUAAACUUGGUUCAGAUCAUGAUGUUCCAUUUGAAAGUCUCGUAACUAAAACACUACCCACAGACUACAAUGGAAAAUUUGAUAUCUUAUUAAAAUCUUCUUAUAAACCAUCAAUUAUUCACGUUUUUGUGGAUUCAAACAACGAGAUUUUUCAAUUCCAAUUACCUUUGUUUAUACAUCAAAAUGGCAUCAGUAUAAUCUCAGAUAUAGACGAUACAAUUAAGAAAACAGAUGUUGUUAGCGAUAAAAGAAACCUAUUCAAUAACGUCUUUAUCAAAGAUAUCAAAAAUUGGACUCUUGAAGGCAUAUCUGACUUUUUUAAUGAAAUCUAUGCUAAAAAAUCUUCUAAAGAUAUUAAAUUUCACUAUGUUUCCAAUUCUCCUUGGCAAUUAUACUCAAUAAUUUCUCAAUUUUUUCAACUAACUAAUAUGCCUCCAGGCUCUUUCCAUCUAAAGCAAUACUCUGGAAAUUAUUUAAAUAGCUUCAUGGAACCAGCGGUUGAAAGAAAAAGACCUGGUUUAUACACUAUUUUGCAAAAAUUUCCAAACAGAAAAUUCAUCCUAUUGGGUGAUUCUGGAGAACAAGAUUUAGAAGCUUACACAGAUAUUGUCAGAAGGUUUCCAGGAAAAGUAUUAGGAAUAUAUCUUAGAAUCGUCCCCAAUUCUUUCAGCGAUUUUGGUUAUGAUGUUAAGACUUUGAACCAAUUGAAAAAAAUAUUG